UGUCGGUAGUGGGCAGGGUUGGCAGUGACCGCAGUGACGGCACGAACGUCACGAAGGUCACGAACAGCUUACUGCUAUGAGAACAAAGAAGCGUGACAGAAUCGAUUAGUAUUUGUUUGUACAAAAUCGGCAGCGUUCGGUAGUAAGUUUCCUUGCAGAUUCUUUUCUAGGCACAGGUAUACUUGUUAGAAAUAUGAUGAUAUAUCACUAGGAUUCUAGUAAGUCAAUUCAUUUACAAUCCAUAAAACGUGCGCUAAGAAAAAUUUUCAAGGUUAUGAUAGAUUCUGCAUUCUCUUGCAACAGAAGUGCCAAGAAUUGUGUUACAGAGAGCUGAAGAAAUAUAUCCUGUUGUGAGAGAAAGUAUGUUUUUAUGAUCCAUCUGGGGAAUUUACAUGGUUCUUCAUAUUGGAGAGAACUGUAUGCUGCAGCAGUCCCUCAUGACCCCGGGACGAAUGGAAAUAACAACCAAAUUAUAGUCUCGAUGGGGUGACAAAUAAAAACAUAUUCAGAGAAGCUUUUAGUGGGUCCAUAUGGUGAGAUAUACCCAGUAAGUCAUGAUGCAAACCAGGCCAUGAAUAUAAAAGCUGAGGAAGUCUCAGAAUCACAAGAGAAAGCAGAUCCUCUGCAAAUAACAAAUCAGGAGAUAAAGGCUGAACCUGAGCACUGUAGAAAUUCAGAGAACGUUUUAGUGGAUACAUAUGGCGAGACAUACCCAACACCUCAUAAUGCAAAUCAGGCCAUGAAUGUAAAAGCUGAAGCAGUCUCAGAUGCAGAAGAGGAAGAGGAUCCUCUUGCAGUAACAUUUCCAGAACUAAAGGCUGAACCUGAGGAUAAUUUGAAUGAACUUCAACUUGUACAUGGUGAGGAGCGACGAUAUUCCAGUGAUGAGUGUGGUGAUUCAUUCAGUCAAGAGCAAAUUCUGAUAGCACAUCGACACAUACAUAGUGGGGAGCAAUCGGUUUGUUGCAACGUGUGUAAGAAGUCAUUCAGGUGUAAGAGUCAUCUUAAGACACAUCUGCGCAUACAUACUGGGGAGCGGCCAUUUUGCUGUGAUGUGUGUAGUAAGUCAUUCAGUGUUAAGAGUAAUCUCAAGACACAUCAGAGCAUACAUACUGGGAAGCGGUCAUAUUGCUGUGAUGUAUGUAGUAAGUCAUUCGGUGAACAGAGUAUGCUGAAAAAACAUCAGUGCAUAUAUACUAGUGAGUGGCCAUUUUCCUGUGACAUUUGUAAUAAGUCGUUCAGUCAGCUGAGGAGUCUGAAAAAACAUCAGCGCAUACAUAGUGGGGAGCGGCCAUUUAUAUGUGACAUAUGUAAUAAGUCCUCCAUUUCAAAGAGUGAUCUGAAGAAACAUAUGUACAUACAUACUGGGGAGCGGCCAUUUCACUGUGCUAUAUGUAACAAGUCAUUCAUUCAUCAGAGUCAUCUGAAGACACAUCAGCGCAUACAUAGUGGGGAGAAGCCGUUUUGCUGUGAGUACACUUAA